CUGUUCUACUCUUUUUUCAAGACUCUGGUUGACUCAGAUGUUGUUGUUGAAUUAAAGAAUGAGUUGAAAAUCCAGGGCAAACUACACUCAGUAGAUCAAUUCCUAAACAUCAAGCUGAAAGAUAUCACAGUCGAGAAUGUAGAGGCCUACCCACACAUGGUAUGCAUAUCGUAUUCAGAUAAUACUUUCUGA